AUGGCCUCGAAGAAACCCGUGAUCCUGAUGAUCGUGGCGGCGCUUAAGCCGCUGUACGGUAUUGGUUACCAAGGGAAGAUGCCGUGGCGGCUCAAGCAGGAGAUCCGCUACUUCAAAGAGGUGACGUCGUUGGGGAAUAACGCCGUGGUGAUGGGGCGCAAGACGUGGGAGCUGAUCCCCGCGAAAUUCCGACCAUUACCCGAUCGAAUCAACGUCGUUCUCUCGAGAUCGGUUCCUGAAGGCAACAAAGUCGAUAAUGUCAUCUACGCUAAGUCAUUUGACGAGGCGUUGGCGAAGCUUGACCUGUUAAACGUCGAUAACGUGUUUGUCAUUGGUGGAGCUCAAAUUUAUAAUACGUUGGCGUCUGAUCCACGGGUGACCCAUCUUUACCUUACUGAGGUUACUCUGACUAACCCCGAGGUGGCAAUGGAUACGUUUUUGGACUUUGAUUGGAGCCAGUGGCACCAACAACCUCUGUCGCAAUUGGAAGCUGUGGUGGGGCACGCGCUUGACCGGGACAUCACUGAAGGGGACUUCACCUAUAAUUAUACUCUCUGGACCAAAGAGACCAAGUGA